AGAAUUUCAAAAUGGCGACCGAUACCAGUAACCAAGAGGUAUGCCCGUGCGAUUUAACACCUAUAUCUCGAGGUGAGAGAGAAGAAAAAAAAAUAGACCUUAAUGACGUUAAAGACAAAGUGAUCUACGAUGAAAACGGUAAAGAAUAUAAAUUUGAAGAAAUAUACGAGGAUAAGAAAUCUAUUAUAGUUUUUGUUAGAAAAGCCAAUGUAAGAUUAGUUGUUAUUGGAUGUGGACCAUUCAAGUUUAUUAAGUCAUUCAGAAAAUUAACCGGCUAUAAGGGAUUCCUCUUCGUUGAUCCUGAGAGGGAAAUUUACAAGAAACUCGGUAUGAUUGAAUCAUUAAAAAGUGGUAAUUUGGCAGGAGAUAAACAUAUUAAAUCCAGAGCUAUUGUUGGAGUGAUCAAAUCAACUUGGUGGGCUUUAGGAUCAAGAGAAUUUCAGGGAGACAUUAGACAGCAGGGAGGUUCUUUAAUUGUCGGACCAGGUCCUAUCCUUCAUUUUAGUCACAUUGACAAUUGUUCCGCUGAUCACAAACCCAUCAAUUUUCUUCUAGAUAAAGCUGGUGUUGAUAAUGUUAGUUUUCCAAAAGAUCCAAGAGUGCAAGAUGUGUGA